AUGCUCUGCUGCCGUCCCCGUCUUCGGUAAGGUUUACAACUGCAUGACACGAUUACCUUUCAGGCUUCGGAUAACGACGGAGACUUCAGUGCAACACUGCCGAGAGGCCUGUCUCCUCCCUAUACCAGUAAGCCUUCAACUUGCCUAUAUGUGUGUCCACACUAGAUGACGUCCUUGGGACGGGCACUCCCCCACGUAAGCGACGUCGUCAUGUGGGGUCAGGGCGCCACUGUAGCCACCUAAAACUUAAAAGGCAGCUACGCUGGAUGCUGCGCACGCUGCGGGAGUUGGUGGCGCAUUGUACGGAACAGAAAAUUACGAUAGAGGCUUUGCGACAGGAUAUUCAACGCCUCACUGCAGCCUCCGCAGCCGCCCUGGCGACAGACGAAGGCCCCGUUUUGAGCCAGAUAACGACGUUGGAGGCCUUUGAUCGACUGUCCGCGGCGCUUUCAGACCGGCCGUACAGACAGCGCUUGGUAGAUUAUAUAUUUAUAUCUUAAACAUCAGGCGCAGAUGUCUUACUUGGCCUCAAUUGGCGGGGACGACACACCUAACUUCGCAGCCCGCAUCUUCUCCGCCCUGUUCGGUGAUGAGGUCACGUUGUUUCUCACCUUCUACGGGAAGAAACCAGGAUUCCGGGCCUUAUAUGGGUCUCCAAUCUAUGAUGUUAUUCUGGGUAAGACUUCUGUCUUGUGUGCUUCGACCAAUUACAUUCCAGACGUUUUCAAUAGAUGGAAUGUCGACAAGAAGUCCGACUGGUGGAAGUUAGAGGAGGCAUUCAAAAAUGCCUUCAAGAAGGCACAUGACCGCCAACAAAGGAGAUCGCAUAAGGCCCCCAGCAGUCAACCUACAAACGGUAAUUCUUAAUAAAAGCAUUAACUUGUGUACUGUACUAGAUAAUGUGUGUAUAGAAUAGGAAAUACUACAUUUACUCACCCCAUUACAGAACUUUUCUUUUAGGCCUUCUACGGGCAGAUGGAAAAUCUGGCACAUGCCACUGUAAUUAGGACAUGAACACGACGUUCUUACUGUCUGCUAUUUUAAAAAAGAAUAAACUACGUUUACAGUGCAUUUUGUUACCGUUAACCCAUUACUACCGAUAGAAAUGGUCCUCCCCGGGGGCGGGGCUUGGAACAGGUACAUGAGGGGUGGGGGGAUAACAAAAACUCGAUUCGGGCUCGAGAAUUUGCGGCUUCGAGCUUGAUCCGAGCUGAAUCGAAGUUAAAUGACGAUGUCCGGGGCGGACAGUCGCUGAUGAUUUAUACGUGGUUCAGAUUCUCUUGGCUCUCUCGGGUGUCGAUGUGACACCCAAGGAGGUUUACCUAGACAAAGCAGCAGUACACUAAGUUAACGGUAAGACAGAGCUCAUGAAAGUGCUUAAGGGUGAAGUAGAGGGCUAUUCGAGCAACGGGACAGUCUGUUUAUUCUUCUGACCUUUCGAACUCAUUCAGGAGUCCAUCGUCAGAGAUAGGAGCAACGACAAAACAAGCGACGAUUAUGGGACUUGCUAGCCACUUAUCGACUGACGGCGCAAGACUGGAGGUGACCGCGCAGGACUCUGUGCGCCAUCGCCAGAUCGAUAAAUCGAUUGACUGACUUCUCAUCCGAGCCCCAGGCUUCAAUCAAUUCUCAGCCUACUUUUGUUUCCGUCAUGGGCGAUUAUCUUGGUGACUGCGAAGUUAAGCUCAUGACUCAAUUCGUAGGUGUGGGAAGCCACUUGUGAAAAUUCGUCGCCUCGUCGCACAGCCAGCUUGCGUUCGUCUAUGCGCGAUCCGGGCAUGCAUCCAAUCUGGCAUGUGUAGUUACAAGGGCAGUUUUGGUACGGGAUGCAAUGCACUACCCGCUGAUUGUUCCCCGGAAUCUAACCGGUCCUGAGUUUUCGUGACCUUUCUGCGCAUGGUGGCUUUGGAGGGGGGUGUGCAAUUCCAACACCUAACUCCGCAGCAAUACGUUCGGCUGUUUUCGAAAUGCCCUUAAUGGAUGACAGAGAAUGCCAUGCCCUUUGUGGUGCUGCCGUUUUAGCGCUCUGUGGGCUCGACCAGCCUUGCUUUUCACCUUUACAUAUACCUAAAACCCCAACUUUGGCCUACAUUCGUGUUAAAAGGGUUCUGGUAGGAAGGCUGGCUGCUGGGCUUUAUCAUGACCAGUGACGCAAAUGAAAUCAGGGUCAUGCAUUAUAACGCUGGGUGUGCUGGUGCUGUACCCUGGCUCCCACUGGUAUUCCUGUUAAGUCGACAUACUCUAAAUGCGUUUUGUCGGUUCAUUUAGUGCACCUGACGUCAUCACCAAGAUUACCCGUGAUUCAGUAGCAUACCCAUAACAUUUUCCACGUAAUAUGCAGUUUUGGGAGUGAGGAAUAAGACUUAAAAACGGGAACUGUGACGCUAUUAACAGAAUACUAACCACUGCAAACACCCUAGUUCUCAUCAGUGCGGCUGUUCCAGAUCAAAAUUCGGAGGGAAAAAGCCAUGAAAAUGACCCACAUUUUGGGAGGAUGGAGGAACAGUCCGCUGAGAGCGAAGAAGGAGAUCCGAUCGUUGGAACAAGGGCCUUAUUAGCCUGACGUUUUGGACUGUUACUUGAAUACAUCAUCAGAAGACAUGAGACUAUUCCGGACACGCAUGACCGAGCACGCAGCGGCAGUGAGAACGAACGACGCCAGCUCCCGAGUCGCGGCUCACUCGACGGAACACAACAACAUAUUCAAGUUUGACAGCAGAAAUUCUUGCUAGAGGUCACUACCGCGUGAGUCGCGAACUGCUCGGGUCAUGAUUUUCCGGUCCUCAAUCAAUCAGCAAGCGCAACGACCUCCUCCACAUAUUUGGCGCCGAGAUCUCGUCUAGGUAAAGUGGUUAGCCGCGAGAAGAGCGGGCGGAUAACCACUAUCUCUAGUGUCAACGUCGGCGUCCCAAGAGUCCACAGGGAUGGCGGAAUCCGGCAGUCAGCAACUCAAAUGCGUGCGAUGGGCGUGGGAGCCGAUAAUCUAGAACGGAACACACGCGCAUAGUAACGGCAUGGCAACUGCAUCCUUCAACACCCGGCCAAGUGAUCCGUGAUGCACUCGGGAGCUGACAACUGUGAUAGGCAUUUGGUGGGCUAGCAACUACAUCCUAUAAAAACUACAACACCUGGGCAAUCCAGUACUCUUUUCUGACUCCGUCUGUUAGGCUUGGGGUAUCACUGCCCGCAUGUCCCGUCAGCGAGGAUUUCAGCCUUCCUUCAAUCUCACAACAGAUCUGCCAUACAUCAGGUUGCUUUCUUCCGCUUCAGCUUCGGCUGCUUUCCCCACUAACGAUUUCAGCAUCCCCCUUCGGCUCACUUCACUUUCCAUGCCCACAAUGCACUUAUUCUUGAGAUCAGGACAGCAUAAUAGACUAAAUUUAAACUUGUCAGCGGCGCUUUAUUCAAAGUCCGUUAUUUUUUGAAGAUUGCUCUUGGUCUAUUUUCAGAUUAUCGCGAUCAGCUUCUUUGCCAAUUGACACCCUUAAAACCACCUCUUCCACCACUUAACGUAUGACACGCUCCACAGGCUAGCUCAAUUUAGUUGUGGGACCUACACCUUAUCGUUGCCGAAAACGAAAUACACAAACUGAGACUUGAACUAUGCUCGUAAUAGCUGCUUAUUUCCUUACGUAAACCUUUUGACUCUUACGUAAUACGCCACUUCAUUUCUCUUCACAGUGGAUGGGACCAUUUGUGCUAAAAAUAUUGAAUGGUACCUUCAAAAUGAAGCGCAUUCUUUUCUCUCUCUCUCUCUCUCUCUCUAACAGUGAAGCCCACCUCACCGACAAACCACGGCUGA